ACUCACCGAAACAACAACAGCCAAACUCGCAGCGGCAUAAAAUACAAUAAACCCAGCAAGCGUGAGAGGCAGAGAGAGUAAUAGAGCACGGCGCGCGGGUUUCGGGCUGAAAUAAGCAAUAUUUUUCGUGAUUUUCGAGUGUAGCAGUGUGUUUUGAGUGCUUCCGAACUGUAAUUCGUAAUCCGCGACAGAAGUGCUGUGGCCAAAAGUUCACCUUUUUUUAUAGCAACAAGCGACGCAAGCGAAACGGAAAUAAAUCAGAGCACCCAAAGUGCAGAUAUGUCUAGGGAAUUUGCAUAAUUUUUCGGGUCGCCUUGGCCAAAAGUUGUAUAAUAAGAUUGUAAAAAUCACAAGGUAUAGACCAGGAGUGUCGCUACAAAUGGCCGGGGCAUGCGGCACCAGCACCAGCACCACCCCAUCGACCAUCCCAGCUGAAAGCCCCACCAAGACGAAAUCCCAAAAAAAAUCCAAACAUGUCUAGUGCCCACUACCAGGCACUCGAGUCACAAACUUCCGACGAGGAUAACGAGGACAUCGAGCGACGGCAACAUCCGAAUCAUCCACGUAGCACCACCGUCAAAACCACCGCACCUCAUCCCAUGGUCAGGAAAGGGGCCGUAGCCAGGCGCCGCUGCCUUCUGCCCCUGGCGGGUGGGGCACUGUUCUUCAUUGCCUUCUGCUACUUCACCCUCAGUGGGGAGACACGCAUCACCCUGGGACUGGGCGGUGGUUCCGAGGACUCAGAGGAGGGAUCUCAUCGCGGAUUAGAUAGUAUACACUUCCGGCCACUCAACGAAAGUCUCCACAUUUGCAGUGAGAGUUAUGAGGAUCGUCGGCAGUUCAUGCAGGACAAACCGCAAUCUGAUUAUGGUCUGUUGCCCAUAAUAUACUUUGUUACCCCAACGUAUCCACGGCGGGAGCAGAUCCCAGAACUAACUCGUCUGGCGCACACUCUGCUACAUGUUCCGCGAUUGCACUGGCUGGUGGCCGAUGAUCAGGAGAAAUGUAACGACUUCUUGGACACCCUGCUCAACCGAUUCGGUAUUCCCUUUACCCACAUGGUGAGCCCUAUGCCUAUCAAGUUCCGGAAUGAAAAACCAGCCCCGCGAGGCGUUGCAAAUCGCAGGGCCGCUUUGCAGUGGCUUCGACAGCACAAUCUUACUAACGGAGUUCUAUACUUCGGUGACGACGACAACACCUACGAUCUGCGUUUGUUUUCAGAAAUCCGAAAAACUCAACGGGUUUCCAUGUUUCCCGUCGGCCUGAUAGCUGAUUACGGGGUCAGUGGGCCAGUAGUGCGGAGGGGCAAAGUGGUGGGUUUCCUGGACUCUUGGGUGGCCGGUCGACGCUGGCCAGUUGACAUGGCCGGGUUUGCCGUAAAUCUGGAGUAUAUGGCGCAAUAUCCCUAUGUAAACAUGCCGUAUAAGCCAGGCUAUGAAGAGGAUCUCUUUCUGCGUAGUAUUGACCUGCAAAUGAAUCUGAUAGAACCGCGAGGCAAUAACUGCACAGAAAUUCUUGUCUGGCACACCCAGACGAAGUCUAAAAAGAUGGGAAUGGUUCGGUUAGAAAGUAAAUACUUGGACGAGCGAUCUAAUCUGGGCGCCCUACUUCUCAACCUUAAACUAAUGGGCGUGGCCAGUACAACUGAAAAUGAAGGACGCAAUGCACUGAUCAGUAAGAAUGGUAAGGAGAAAGCGCACUCCUACUUUCUCAGCUGAGUCCCAGGAUCCAAUAUCCAGAGUGGCGUCCAAGUAAUACUCAUAGAUUAAUAGAGCUUAAUGUAUAAUAUUAAUGUAACAAACCAAAUCUCGAAUCAACUGUAUCCUGUAUUUAAGUGGAGUUAUCCUGUUCUAGUUAUCAGUCGUUUUCGCACUGCACAAUGUCUACAUAGAUGUAUCCCCCCUCUGUGUUCUCGGUUCUCAUCAUAAUGUACUGUUGAUAAAAAUUAUGAAUGUACUGUUAAUUAGUUGUAGAUAAGUUCGUUCGUGAUAGCAGGUUAGGCAACACAGUGAAGGCCACAAUUAUAGGUUCAUGACUUAUUUAAAUAUAUAUCAUAAUCGGUUGUAAAGACAGCUAUGAAAGUGUUUUAUUACUUUCUUAUUCUACGUUCUAAUUUGCUAAGCAAAAUUACGGCUUUUCUUUUAUAAGCUAUACUGUAUAGACCAAGACCUUAGGGUGCUUGAUGUUGUUACUUAUCACCUCAUCGACUUGCAACAUUAAACACAUAUCAUAUAGCUUGGAAUAAAUUAUUUAAGCUUUCUAUAUAAGUUUUCGAAAUACAUAAAAAGCAAGCAGUUUAGUAACGGGCAAUAAGUUAAAAUGACCAUUGUCAUUUUUAGCAUAAUCUUAAAGUGUAGCUUGUAAAUCAGUCAAUAGGGUAGUGAGCCAUAAUGUGAAAUAAAUAAAUGCUAGUUUUAUAAAGCUUUCUCCAUAACA